CGGCAGUAAUGGGUGGACCGGUGACCGUAGCCGACGGUGCAGAGUCCACAGCGUCGAAGUCAAUGUCCUGCGGAUGAGGUGCCGCUCGGGCGAGUCCGUGCAAGAGGGCAGCGGCGAUGAGAGCUUUCCGCAUGUUUGAUGAAGUAGAGAUGAUAUAGAGAAGUUUUUGCUCUGUUUAGAUUUGUUGCCGGAGCUGGUGAUGGAGGAGGAAUGGAGACGAAUUCUGGGAGGGAGAUUCACAGUCUUUAUAUAGACAAUUGGGGCCCAAUAUCGGCCGCAGCAUGUCCAUUGAUCUCCACAAGUUUAUUGCAGCUCAAUAUUGGCACGCCAAGUGAAUUGGAGGACGAAAGGUCUAAGCCGGCAAUUGAUGAACGCCGAUGGCUUUCUCGACGCCAUUCAGCUCCAGAGCAGGCGCUGCUGCAAGCCCUCAAGAAGAAGAUGGGGACCCGAAAACGAGGUGCAGCGCAUCGUGCAUGCCUUUUGGUCGAUUCUAGACUGCAUCCACAAGGCAGUAAGCAUCAGGGACAAGCUGAAGAGGAAAAUGAGGAGCAUGGAUCGGUGAGAAGCCACGGCUUGAGGCCCAACUCACAUCAGACCAUGCUCCAGGGUACCACUCAGGCCAUGCAAUUUUGGGCUACCCCACGGGGAAAUGCUUUCCAGAGAAGCCAAAAGAAACAGCAUUGGCGCCAUUUUUCAUAUUAGUGGGUGUGGUUGACCAGGGUACGAGGCACCUCUCUGUUAUUUGCGAGGGCCGGAGCUAGCUCGCAUCUCAAAAGAAAAGACAGUUGGAUAUGCGGAAGAUGGACCAAUGUGAAUAUUCGCGCUGUAUUCUGAAUUGAAUUGUCGUUAUGACCCAUCACAGAGAGUGGAGCCUUUGGUCGUUCAACACCAC